AUGACGGGCGCCCUUGCAACCCCUCGGUAUAGCAACGACGACUUCGAGACAGCCUCUAUCCGUUCUGCUGCUCCUUCUUAUGUCUCGGAAGCUCCCUCAUACCACUCAACAAACCCAUACCCCGAGACUUUGCCAUCAUACACCCCUCCAGCUCGGUCUCACGCGGUUGCGAGGUCUUUAGUUCCCCAGGGCAGCGGUACCUCAACUCCACGCCAGCAGACGAUCGGCCUGCCUCCAGUACCUGCUCUUCCUCUGCGAUCCCAACCGAACUUGAACAACUUUCGUAUCGCGACAUGGUCCUCCGUCUCUAGCAACCCCGCCGCCCGGCACUACCAGAAUGUCGCGAACCGGCGGUUGACUGCUCAGCGAGAUCCUGUAGACAGCCUUCGUCGAGUCAUGACCGAUGUUAGCGAGCAAGAACAAGAGCGAUACAUAACCAGGCCGUUGGAGGAUCCCUAUCUGGUUGGCGAGGUGGCUGCUGCGCGUGCCCGCACAGAGCGACUUGCACGAGAGUCAGGGGAUGAUAUUCUUCUGCGAGAAGAUCGCCAGUGGGACUGGUUCUUAGCUCGAAUGAGGGACUCGGAUGACCGGCAGCGAAACUGGACUCCGACAAAUCCAUACAGGCGUGAGGUGGAGGCUGGGAGCCGAAAGAAGCUCCUACGUCGCAUUGGAGGACGACGCUUGCUAUGA